GGAAAUAUUGUAAAAAAAUAUAUAUUUAGAAAUAUUAUUUUUCAGACAAUUGAGGAUGGGAGAAGGGUGUGGCUAGGAUAACUUUAAAAUUGUAACCGAGGGAUGCGUGAGUAGGGGUUAGUUAAGAAGUAUGGGUAUGAGGUUAGUAGGGAAGGACAGCUUGGUGGUGGUGAGCUACGACUUCGAGUACACCACCGAGGAGGGAAACAGGGUUUGGAUGAAGGAGGGGGAGGUUCUCCUGCUCAUCAAUAAAACAAACGCCGACUGGUGGCAGGUCAUUCGGCGAGGUGACCGGCGCCCAUUCUACGCUCCAGCGCGCUACGUCGCCGAAUUUAGUCAGGACAGCGGAGAGUGGGAUUCUGCAUUCUCCGGAGAAGGGGUUCAUUACAGACCUGAUAACGGAGAACCUCUUCCUGGCAGGGGGGAUCAGGACAAAAAAUCCCACUUCUCCACAUUUCUGGGAGGAAGUAAUAAAAGAUCAAGCUACGCUGCUCCUCAACAAUCCCAUCAUGGUCCUCCAUCAUCAGAUUUCCUCUUUGGGGCUCCUAGGUUCCAGGAAAGGUACCGGAGUAACUCUAUGGACUCUAUCCUUGUAGCCGAUCUCAACCGUCAGAUCUUCAUCCCUAAACAAUACAUCCAGCAGCCGGCCAACCUACACCUGGAGAAACGUCCAACCUUUGAUAAUAUUGAUAAACGUGCCUCCUGGUCCCAGGACAAAUCCCAGUAUAUUCAACACGGCGGACGCAUAGUUCAUCCUGUUUACACAAACCAUACUCUAGCUCCGGUUCUUCAUGCACCAGGUCUACCACUCCAGGUUCUCCAUGGAGCAGCCAAGAAACCGGUUCCUCUUCCCCGGAGUAAGAUCCCUGUCCCGACAAAAUCUUCGACGAUGGAUAGAAUAGUUCAACCGGAGCUCAGAACUUUCAAACGAUCCAAGACUGAUUUGAGUUUAGGUAUGUUGAGUAAUUACAAGCAGAGUAGAGCCGUGCACGGUAUGCUCCCUUCCUCUGAACCCUCCAACCGUAAUCUUAAACCUCCCGGUCGCCGACCUUCAACCAGUAGAUCGGCCGCCCGGCCGGCAGCUAUUCGAGAAGAACAUGACAGAAUCUCUCUUCAAUCCUCAGUCAAUUCAGAUCUAAAAAUAAAAGAAUCUCUUCAAAACUUAGAAAAGGGAGGUCGGCGGAAAAGUAAACCUGAUUCUAAGGGUCCAGUCGUCCAAGGGGACAAGAAGGAAGUGUCCCCUAAGACUCCCCCUAAACCUGUAAUUAAGGAGAAACCCUGCGUGCCUGUUAUCAAAGCAAACUUGAGCAGUGUGAAUUCUGCUGAUAAGGAGUUGCGAAGAAUAAACAGGGCGCAGUCAGAGAAUGAUUUGAUCAAUCCAGUUCCAUUCUACAAACACAAUACAGACACACAAACUAUAGAUUCAGAGGAUGAACUUAAAAUAAGUUUGAAAGUUGAAGGAUUUGAUCGUAAAAGUGAAGAUCGGUUGCAACAUUCAGAUCAAGAUAAAUCUGAUCGAAAUAGCCAAGAUCGAUCGUAUAGAACCAGCCAGGAGCGAUCAGAGAUUUUCACCAAAGAGCGAUCCGAACGGCUAAGCCAGGAUCGAGAUGAUCGGCGGAAUAAUACAGAAGCAUUACGAAGUGGUCGAAACUAUCCAGAAAGAUCCGGCAAAAAAGAGUUUGAGAAGACUGCUGUAAAAGUUCAUAACGAUUCUCUGCUUUUUGGUCACGAGCUUUCAGAGCAGGACAACUACAAUCCGCCGCCAGAUCAAACCUUUUUAAACCUCGCGGAUCAAAAAAGACGAAUAAAUGACACAAGACAAAAUCAAACAGGACGAACAAAACAAGAUGAUCGAACUCGUCGGGAUUGUAAUACUGAUCAAGUGAACAAUGAUCGACAAGAACGGUCGAACCGUGAUAAAUCUGAAUUAUCCCGACCACGUGUUGAUCUUGAUCAUCAACCCCGACGUGAUCUUGAAGAAGGUGUCGAGGGGAAGGAAAAUCUUGCUCCCCAAGAAUCCUCACAUAAACCAAACAACAAAUUUAAACCACGAAAAGAAACGAAUGAAAAGUUUCUUGACAUGGAACCGUUACCUGAACCGCCGCCAACUCCGCCUCGACACAAAGAUACUCCGCCGUCAGUGGUUAAAAACCCUCCUUCCUCUAAGACCUCAAGCUCUCCGAUCAACAUUCCGGAGAACCCGUCCCAGCCCCUUGUUAUCUCGACGGAGCCAAUGUCCACUUCUAGCAGUGUUAUCAAUAAAUCUGAGGACAAAUCAAAUUGCUCUUCAUCUUUUGAUAGUUUAGAUGGCAGCUUGGAUUCGUCUGGUUGGCCGGAGGGCGGAGACUGGUUGGGGGCGGAGCCUAAUCGUGGCUCCCGCGGCAGUUUAAAAUCCCCGAACAACUCGACCUGCUCCCGGGCCCCGGUAUCCCCGGUACCCGGCUCCACCCCUCUCCGCCACCUGUUCACGGACUGGGACGAGUACCAGGAUACCUCCGGAAGGAAGUUCUACUACAACCUCAAGACCGGAGAGAAGAGUUUUAAACCUCCGAGACGGAUAAGAGGAUCCAGCGAGGGAUACAGUGCUCCCACUAGUCCGGAUCCAUUUACUGAGAAUGGGGAUUCAGCUUUUGAAAUGAGUCCUGGACUAUCCGAGUCCGAAUGCAGAAGCGUAGAGGACGACCAGUCGAGAACAGAAAAUAGUCUGGAGGACGAGAAGGAGGACGUGGUUGAGGACGUGGUAGACUCUCCUCCUCCUAGUGGAUACGAAAUAAAGACAGAUUCAGAGUCGGGAGAAAAAUAUUAUGUCAACAUUUUUACAGGUGUAUCCUGGUACUCUGCAGCGGAUAAGAGUGGACGGGUAUAUUACUACGAGGAGAACGGGAAUGAAUCAUGUUGGGAACUUCCGAAUGUUUCACAAACUUUCCAGGAUCACAGUGUGAACCCAAGUCCUGUACCGGAUUCGGAAAAGCAAGUUAAUUCCUCCCGGCAUAAACUUCCAACAGGAUACGAGAGGUCGGUUUCUGUCCCGGCCUCGGAACCUCGUCGAGACCACGACACGGCCUCCAAGACUGAAAGCUUAAGACAAAAGUUCUACCCCUCGGUUCAAAUAGGAGACGUGAGUAUAGUUGUGCUGAAGCAAGGAACUGUAUUCAAGACCCGGCUUGAGGAGAGAGGGAAGAAGUAUAGAAAGAACUGGUCAGCUUCUAACCUCGUUCUAACCGAUACAUUCCUUCUCUUCUACAAGGAUGCUAAAGCUUUUGCUAAUCUACAGGCAGGGGGGAGCAAUAAACCUGAUCAGUGUAUUGAUCUCAAAGGAGCACAGAUAGAGUGGUGCAACAGUGAUAAAUCCAAGCGGUUAAACGUGUUUGAGAUCUGCACUCUGCUGGAGCAGAAGAUUCUACUCCAGGACGACGACUUCACGGUGGCGAAUGACUGGUUCUCCAGGAUUGAGAACGUGAUCGUGACUCUCUCUCAGAAAGAGUUGGUGGUGAGAAACCAUCAGAGUUCGCUAGAUCUAGUAGAGAACUCGGAACCUGAGUCUGCCUCCUCUACCCUACAGAGUAAGAAAAAGGUCGGACGGACGAAGUCCCUGAAGUUAAAACUUUUGACCUCAAGUGAGGAACUUUCAAAUGCUGCAGGUCCUGAUUCACCCUCCGUCCUAAGUGUUCCUUUAGUUAAAGAAAAGUCAAGAAUCCGCGAAAAACUUCGCAAAUUUUUCUUGCGGCGACCCGGGGUGGAAGAUCUAAUGAAGCGCGGUAUUAUGAAAAAUGAGCCGGUUUUCGGCAGCACGCUUACUCUGCUGGCCCGUCAGGAUCAUAGUGAUGUACCAAUAUUUGUUAAAAAGUGCGUUCAAGUGAUUGAAAGUAAGCCCGAGUAUCUAUCUACAGACGGUGUGUACCGUCAAUCUGGAAAUCUUUCAACCGUUCAGCGAUUACGAUUACAGAUCGAUCAUGGGAAUCCUAACGUUCUCGAGAUGGUAGAUGAUAUUCAUGUUCUCACCGGGGCUCUCAAACUCUUCUUCCGUGAGUUAAAGGAGCCCUUGAUCCCCUGGGAGUUGGUGGACAAGCUCAUCAAUGUCUGCAAUCUACCGAGUAAGAAGGGUAAGGCCAAGGGACUGAAAGAAAUUGUAUCUCGACUCUCUCCUCCUCAUCACGCAACCCUGAUAGCACUGCUUAGACACCUUGAAAAAGUUACAGGUUACAAGGAAGUGAAUCGGAUGGCGGUUUCGAACCUGGCGAUCGUAUUCGGUCCGACACUUAUGUGGCCCCCGGCAAACCUAACUAAUACCAACAUGGCGCUAAAUAUGAUGCAGCAGAAUAUGAUUGUAGAGGCCCUGAUCACAAACCUAAGUCUCAUUUGUUGAAAAUGAAACCAGAAUUUUCAAUAUUUUUGAACUUUAAUAAUUUAUUUCAAUUAAAUUUUAAAA